AUGGGUCCGGCUGGGCAUUUGGAGGAGGAGUGCCCAUGGGAAGUGCUGGUCUGCAAAAUCAAGCCCGUCAACUUGGAGGAAAUCCGCGAUCCGACCUCCACACCCAACCGCACUUCAGCUCCUCCUUUCUUCUUGCCCCUGCGUCUCUCUCAUCUCGUCUCCUCUUCUACGACCAUGGGCAAAAAGCAGCGCCUGGUUCGAAAGAAAGCUUCGGCAAAGGAGAAGAUGGCUUCCCCUUCUUUCCCUGGAGAACUGCCCAAAAAGGGCUACGCUGAGGUUCUCAAGAAGUAA